UGAAACAAUAGUGAACACAAGAAUAAAAUGAUAUAUCAUGUGUAUCAUGUGUUUUAUAAAACAUAGGUUCUAUUGUAGACAACGCGUUGAUUAGAGGUGAAACUGGCCCUUUAAUCAUUCAGAAUUUUGGAUUUGGCAUAAAAAUUUCUUGACAUUGUCCAUGAGAAGCAGGUAGUAGGAAAAUUUUCCAUUGUGUCAUGGAAAUCAGAUAGAAAUAUAUACGACGCAUUGAAAACAGAGGAAGAUAAAUUUUCCUACUCAAGAGAAUGGAAGCGGAACCAUUAGAAGAUGGUGAAAUCAUCGAUGAGCCCAGCGACGUCUUUGAAACUUAUAAAAUUUUACAAAGACCUCACAUAAAGCAGACAUCUGUCACAGACACAUGUACAAAAAUGAGAUAUAGUGAUGAAUCUGAUCAUUCUGCAGAUUCUGAAAGUGAUUCUGACUCGGAUUCCAUACAGACUAAUGUUAAAAAACCAAAACUUAAAUUGAAAAAGAAUAAGCAUUUGUGGAAGGAUUUGCCAACCAAAAAUGAUAAAUACAAAGUAUGGUGUACUCAAAUGCAGGAAGAAUCUUUGACCGAAGAUUUAACAUCAUGUGGUGUUACUAAAAAGUUGUAUCAAGAACGUAAUGUCGAAAGUUACAAUUUUACUCUACGAUAUGCAGAGAAUGGCAGGGAACCUUGUAAUAAUAAUAGUUCUGAUGAAGAAAAGGACAAUGAACAUAGAUUAACUAAUAAAAGAACAAAUUCAGACAGACGUGAUGUAAAAUUUAGAUUGGGAAAAAGGAGAAACUCCGUGGAUAAUCAAAAAGGUUCGGUUAGAAUAAUAGCAGAUUUAUCUACAACUGUGGAUUCAACAGAUGCCGAUGUUGCUACUGACAUAACCAAUAAGCUCAGUGAAAGAAAAGAGCUUCUUAUAAGACGAGUGGUGGAUAUAAUUGGUAAACAAAAAGCUAUUGAUUUUUUCCAAAAAACAAAGAAGAUCGAAGAAGAUGGUGGAAUGUUAAUAAUGAAUGGAUCUCGUAGAAGGACUGCUGGUGGAAUAUACUUUUGGUUGGUGAAAAAUGAUAAACAUAUUCCUCAAGAAAAAAUAAGGGAGAUAUUUUAUUAUGACCAAAAAGAGACCAGCGAACAAAGAAGGAAAACUGGUGAUUCAGGACGACAGAAGAGGGAGCAGGAAUUAAUGAGAAGUUUUGAGGAUGGAUCUGAAAAGGAUUUACCAGCUUUAUUAACAAGAGCAGAACUUUCAACAAGACAAAUCGCAGAAGAAGCAAGACUACGACGUGGCGAAGGCAUGGACAGAAUGCCAGUAGAUUCCGAUCGCACGGUAUCAAAUCCACCACCCAGUCCUGUAACAGAUGAUCCAGAUCAUUCUGAACAUCCGUUGGUACAGAGACAAGUUCAAGAUUAUAACGAUGAUUUUCUCGAUAUUGGAGUGGACAUAGAUAGUAUGGAAGUACUCUAAAAUUACGUAUUUGAUCUUGCGUUUGCACAUACUUCAACAAUGAUUUGUACAAAUAAAUGUUUGUAACCAAUCGCAUAAAGAAUACAUAUGUGUAUAAUUUGUAA